ACGAUCAGUUUCGUCGUCUGCAGCCGACAGUGUGGAUCAUUAGAAAACUGUACUUUAUUUUUAAAUCAUUUUUAACAAAAGCGAAAUUAAUAAGCAAUAGUGAUGAUAUUAUUGGUGUUGCUAUCGACGUUGGCGGUGGGGCUGACGCUGUACUUGCGGCACGUGUACUCCAGGUUCAGGAGGUACGGCGUCAAGAGCCUCACGCCGAUUCCCAUCCUCGGCAACAUGGCGCGCAUCACUUUUCGCAAGGAGCAUGCUUCAAACAACACGGACAGGAUUUACAACGUCGGCCCUGGAGACAGAUUUGUAGGCAAAUAUGAAUUCCUGGAUCCUGUGGUGAUGAUAAAGGACAUUGAUCUCAUAAAAUCUAUUACCGUGAAGGACUUCGAACACUUUGUGGAUCAUCGCAAGUUUGUUGACGAGGAACUUGAUACGUGCUUCGGAAGAAACUUGUUUUCGUUAAAAGGCGAAGAAUGGAAAAUGAUGCGAUCUAUUCUAAGCCCAGCCUUCACCAGCUUCAAGAUACGCUCGAUGGUACCGUUCAUGGUAGAAGUUGGCGAUAAGAUGAUAAACUCGCUUAAAAUGAAGAUAGAAAAUUCAGGAAAGAAUAUAAUCGACAUAGACUGCAAGGAAUUGUCGUCACGCUACGCUAAUGACGUCAUCGCCACAUGUGCUUUCGGCCUCAAUAUCGACUCGCAUGCCGAAGAAAACAACACCUUCUACAAAAAAGGCAAGGAAGCUGUCGCAUUUAACUUUAAGCAACUGCUCAAGUUCUUUACUCUAACUUUUUGGCCAAAGGUUUCGAAGCUGUUGGGGAUUACUCUGUUCUCCGAAGAAAUAAGAUUUUUCUUUCGGGACUUGGUGCUGGGCACAAUAAGAGAUCGCGAAGAAAACAAUAUCGUCAGACCUGACAUGAUCCACCUACUAAUGGAAGCCAAGAAAGGUAACUUAAAACACGAGAGCGGUAAGGACACAGACGCGGGCUUUGCCACCGUCGAGGAAUCAGCUAUUGGAAAAAAUAACAUAUCGUAUGUGUGGAAGGACAAUGACUUAGUGGCGCAAGUGCUGUUAUUCUUCAUCGGGGGCUUCGACACGGUGUCGACGGCGAUGACGUUUGCGAUGCAUGAGUUGGCGGCCAACCCGGAGGUGCAGGAGCGGCUGUAUCAAGAGAUAAGGGAAUACCACCACAAAAACAAAGGAAAAAUUGACUACAACUCUAUAAAUGAAUUGAAGUAUUUGGACAUGGUUGUUUCAGAGGUGCUCAGACUAUGGCCCCCUGCUAUAACAUUGGAUAGAUUAUGUGUCAAGGAUUAUAAUUUAGGGAAAUGUAAUGAGAAAGCGUCGAAAGACUAUGUCGUGCGCAAGGGCGAGUCGAUUAUUCUCCCGCUGUGGUCUAUCCACCGUAACCCCACCUACCAUCCGCGGCCGCUCCUCUUCGACCCGGAGCGCUUCUCUGAGGAACGCAGGCACCUCAUCAAGCCCUUCACCUACUUUCCCUUCGGCCUCGGCCCCAGGAACUGCAUAGGUUCCCGUUUCGCGCUGUGCGAGCUGAAAGUUAUGUUGUACCAGCUGCUAUUGCACGUCCAGGUCUCCCCGUGCGAGAAGACCUGCAAGCCAGCGCAGUUGGCCACCGACACGUUUACUAUUCGAAUGAAAGGCGGCAAUUGGGUAGGCCUCAAGCUUAGGCAAUAAACGUCUUUGGUGGAUUUUGAUUGUCACCUAAACAAAAGGACCAAUCGUUGUUGUUAAAUUUAUUUGAUCUUUAUUGUUUUCAUGAUUGCAUUUAAUGAAAUGAAUCUUCUCAUUGCCAAUAC